AUGAGCGACUCUACUUCUAGAUCUGGAUCUACGGUAUUUCGCCAGGACAGUGACUCAGGGCAGUCUGCUCCCGAUAAUGCCAGCGAUAUUUCUUGGCUUAGUUGGGAUGGAAACAACGUACAAGCGCUUGAAUCGGAAGAGUCUGCUAGUCCUAGAUCUACGACAUCUUCGUCUGACGAGCAGCAGCCGAGCACGUCUGUCGCUCGUAGAUCUAAAUCUAGUUCUACUCGCACGACCACAGCCACAGCUCCUCGUCCAAGUGCUAGGCCUAGGGCUAGGCCACAACCAAUCCCUGCGACAGCAAACACCUUCAACUUCGAUUUAUUCGACGCAGGGGACCGUUAUGUGAAUGACUGGCUACCAGACUUUAGCCAGCAGCCAGGACUGUUGGUGGACACUGAAAAUUUCAGGUGUGUUGAUUUUUUCAGCUUGUUCUUUUCACCAGCUGUGAUUGACCUCCUGGUCACACAGACUAACUCUUAUGCUGCCCACUGUCUUGACCCCUUGCCAGCAACCAACUAUUACAAAAAGAGGUGGUCUGACACUUACCGCGAGGAGAUGCAGGCUUUCAUCGGUUUGCAAAUCGCCAUGGGUCUCAACCCCAAGCCCAGCAUCGACGACUACUGGCGUUCGUUCUGGCUCGUCGACAUCCACUUCAAGCAAGUGAUGUCAAGGCACCGCUACAAGCUGUUGUCGGCCUUUUUUCACUUCAGUGAUGCUGCACAGCAUGUGCCACGGGGGCAAGCUGGGUACAAGCCACUGCAGAAGAUCCACAACUUCCUUGACCUCAGCCCGUCCUUUCUGACUGCCUACUAUCCUCACCAGCAGGUCAGCAUUGAUGAAAGCAUGGCUAGGUUCAAGGGAAGGUGCCACUUCAGACAGUAUAUGCCGGACAAGCCAACGAAGCGGGGGUUCAAGUGCUUCUGUCUGUGUGAUUCUGUGUCAUAUUACUGCCUUCGCUUUGUGGUGUACACAGGUAAGGACUUUUCCCCUCUCCCUGACGGCAAAGCCUUUACCAAUCACCUGGUCGAGACCCUCCUUGACGGCUACCUGGAUAAGAGCCACAUUUUGUUUUGCGACAAUUUUUACAGCUCUCAGGGGCUCUUCAGGGAGUUGCAGAAUAGACAAACGGGUGCUGUUGGCACUGUGGUGGAGACACGGAAGGGCUUUCCGGAGCAGCUGAAAAAAGUGCAUCUUCCCCUUCGGAAAGGAGACGAUCCCGUCUUCGCCAAAGCUGGCGAUCUUGUCGCGACGGCCUGGCAUGACACCAAGCGUGUGUGCUUGCUGAGCACCGUUCACAGCAACGGUGUGAUGCACAAAAGAAUUCGCUGCUCCAAGACUCCCGGAGGAUUCCGCGCAGUCCAAAAGCCGAUUCUAGCGGAGUCGUACAAUAGCUACAUGGGUGGGGUGGAUCACUUUGAUCAGCUCCACAGGAAUUACCACUACCCCCACAGGAGCUACAAGUGGUAUAUGGCCUUGUACCACUACGUGAAAGACAUGUGCCUCGUAAAUGCACACAUACUGUAUAAAGCGGACGGUGGAACGGACAGCGUCAAAGACUUUAGGUCAUCGGUGAUUGAUGCGCUAGUCAAGCCGUAUAUGGGCAUGCGUCCGGGUCGACCUCGAGCCCAGCCAAACCCCACUGCCGAACGCUUGUCUGCUGCCCAGCUUGGGCAUUUCCCGGCUAAAUUCGCCGACGCCAAACACCGCCCUCUGUGCAAAGUUUGUUCGACCAUAAAGAAGCGGGCCCAGACAAGGUUUUACUGCCCACAGUGCAACACUGCCUUGUGUGUCGAAAGGGACUGUUUCAGGAUUUGGCACACUGCUGCGGACGUCAGGCAGGCGCGGCAGCAGCUGGAGUUGUAG